UUAACGUUUGGUUUAGGCAAGGUAUGUUCUUAGUCUUUAUUUGGAAGCAAAAGAUUACCACAAAUCUCGAAAAAGCUUUCCUUUAUUACAGAACUCAACUCCUUGUUUCUGUCAUUGCAAAAGAUUAAAAGAUGAAAGCUUUUGUGAGAGGACUAAUAGCAAGAGAUAAUCUUGAGAUGCCAAAGAUUCAGAGGAAAUGGACAUGGAAGGAAUCGGCCGGUUUUGGUGGCGUUACUUCGCCUCCUCCCCCGCCGGAGAAAGGGUUGGAGAAUCUGACGGUGGCGGAUGUCUUGUUGACAAAAGACACUGACGGCGGCGGCGGCAAAGUUGAUACGUUGAUCUCCUGCCGUACCAACGACACCGUUUUUGACGCAAUGGCAAAGCAUAAUAUUGGAUCGUUGGUCGUGCUAAGACCUGGAGACCAGCAAUACAUCGCAGGAAUUGUCACAGAGAGAGACUAUAUGAAAAAAAUCAUUGGGGCGGGAAGAUCAUCAAAGGUUACAAAAGUUGGAGAAGUUAUGACAGAUGAGAGCAAGUUGGUCAGUGUUUCGUCGGGGACAAACAUAAUCAAAGCAAUGCAGCUUAUGUCAGAGAAUCAUAUUAGACAUGUACCGGUAAUUGACGGUAAUAUAGUGGGGAUGAUCUCUAUGGUUGAUGUCGUUAGAGCAAUUGUAGACCAUCAAAAUGGCGAGCUCAAGCGCUUGAAUCAGUUCAUCAAAGGAGAGUAUUACUAGUUCAAACUGAACAGAAGAAAUCAAGUGAGCAGAUUCUACAAUAAUAUCGAUAUUUAUGUAAAUACGAUCAAUCUAUCUAUCUAUUAUAUUAAAACAGAAGUCACAACUUUUUUUCAUGUGUGAUUUUUUUAAAUAUACAUUUCCUAGAAAAUUAUAUUUCAUUUAAUUCUAAUUAACAUUAUGACAUCAUUAAGAUAUCACAUCUUAAAAAAUUGACAUAUAUAACAACCCACCUAUAAAAUUGUCUUAUUUUUUAAUUAUAAAAAUAUGUUGAGAAAAAAAUCUACAAAAUUUUAUUAGAUAUUUUAAAUAUUAUUAUAAAAUGAAUCAUUGAUUAAUUUCGUGAUUAGUACUCUAAUAUUAUUAUAAAUUAAUGUUAGUUAAGAUUUUAUUAUA